CCUCCUCCUCCUCCUCCUCCUCCUCCCGCUCCUCCGUCCCCGCAGCGAGUGCCCGCCCGGGUCGGGGUCUGCGCCCUCGGGGAGACGGCCGGGCCCCCUCUGCGUCCCCUCCGGACCCCCCCAUCCCCCCGGGACGCCCCCCCCCCCGCCACCUCCCGGUCCCGCCCGGCUCGGACAUGCCGUCGUCCGCCGCCCUGGCCCUGCUGCUCGGGGCCCUGCAAGCCAUUGCACUCCCAGUGAGCGACCCAGUGAAUACAGGUGACACCAAGGUGAUGAAAUGUAUCGUGGAGGUCAUUUCUGACACCCUGUCCAAGCCCAGCCCUCUGCCCAUCAGUCCUGAGUGUUUGGAAACGCUCCGAGGAGAUGAAAGGAUAAUUUCGAUCCUCCGUCAUCAAAAUUUACUGAGAGAGCUUCAAGAACUUGCAUUACAAGGUGCCAACGAGAGGAAGCAGCAGCAAAAGAAAAACAGCGAUUUUGAAGAUGAACUUUCCGAGGUCCUCGAGGGCCAGAACGGAGCGACUGGUCCGGGUCAGGCAGAACCAUCCAAGGAAAGCCCUGCUGAGGUUCCCGACGAAGCGGCCAUAGCAGAGACAAGCCCGAGAGAUUCUUUUGAGGAGGCUGAGAAGAAUGGUGUAGAGAGGAAACAGCUCUGGCCCCAGGGAGCUGGUCCUGAGGAAGAGGAGGAGGAGGAGGAAGAAGAGGAGGGGGAGCUGGAGAGCAAUGAGAUCACAGAGGAUCCAGAGGUCGAGAGACGCGAAGCCUCAGACAACCACAUUAAAGAUGAUCUUGAGCCGGCAGAGAGGCCUUCCCAGGAGUCUGGAGAAGGAGGGAAGGAUCACCAGCUGGGAGCCACCCAAAAGGGCCAGGAGCUUGAAGAGGAGGAGGAGGAGGGGGAGAAGGGAAUCAAUCCCCAAAAUGACCUGGAGGAGAGCAGAGAGCUGGAAGAGGAAGCUCAGAAGGAACAGGCUGGAGAAAAAGAAAUCUCUGAAGAAGUUGUUCCUGAAGGGGCAGUCAAGUCCAGCACGACCCUUGAGGAGAAUGAGGAGAUUCAAAGGGAGGACAGUCACCUCGAGACUUCGGAUUUGGGCAGAGAAGAGAAGAGUAGUGAAGAAGAAGAUAAAUCCCAGGAAGGAAAAGGGGAACGCCGGCAGACAGAGGCGGGAGACAUGGCUGCUGACGAUCUCUUUCCUUCAAGGGGGAGCAGGAACCAGGAACCGGGGAGCGAGGCUUCUAGGGAAUGGAGAGAUGCCAAGAGGUGGAACAAGAUGGACAAGCUGACGAAGCAGGUGACGGCUAAGAAACGGGCAGAGGAAGAAGACAGUGAAGAAGAGCCAGACCGGUCCAUGAAACUCUCCUUCAAAACCCACAAAUAUGACUUUGGAGAAGCUGGGAGGCCGAAGAAGCACCAUUCCAAGGAGGAAAGCGUGGAGGCCGGGCUCCCGCUCCCCCUCAGGGGCGAUCCUGAAGACAAGAGAGACGAAGAAGGAAGUGCAAACAGAAGGACAGAGGAUCAAGAGCUGGAAAGCCUGGCCGCGAUCGAGGCCCAGUUGGAGAAGGUUGCCCACAAGCUCCACCAACUGCGGCGGGGCUGAGCCUGCAGGCCCGAGGCCUCACCGAGUCCCGGUAUACACUCCUCCUCUUACACUGCUUUCUCACUUCUCGACUGCGAUAAAGCUGGAGCAGAGGUGUUUCCCGUAGGAAGCCAGGGUCUCUGACACCCCAGGGGCUUCGCUCGUUCUUAGAGCUGCACACUUCAUCUGCUUCUUCCUCGAUUGUGGGCAGGGCCAGCUCACGCUGGCUGCUUGGGGGCCUUGGAUUGUGUCCCGGGCCCCUCUCCCCUCCUGCAUUUUGUGUGUUGGGGUUUGGUUUCUUUUUCUUUUGGUUUUUAAGGAUAAUGACAGGACUUUCUAGAACGUUUCACUUACACUGUUAGAUUCACUGAAAACUGCAAUAACUUGUUAUCUUUUGAUGAAUAAAGCUAAGGAUUCUUGACUAAUAUAUUCUAUAUAAAAUUUAUCUAAAGAAAAAUAAACCACCUUUGGGCUCCUUUC